AUGUCUGGUAAAUCUGUGCACACUACAUUCUGCACCAUGUGUAUGCUACAUUCUGCACCAUGUGCAAUGCGCUAUGCAUUUGGCGAUAUAAAGUCCCGCUGGUCAAAUGGGCAAUCAGAUGGUGAGGACGACAAUACGAUUGCAAACCAGGUUCUGUCUCCGCCCUUCACACAACCUGCGCCCGCCUGCAAAGUUGCUGGUAGCCACUGUCCCAAUGCAGUGUCAUCCCAAGCUAAAGGGAAGAGGAAGGCACUCACCACAAUUGAGCCACCAAUCACGAAAAGAUCAAGUCAUGGUGGUCAUACUUCGGGUACACCAAACUACCAUGAUGAUGAUGUUGCUGCCCUGCUUGAUGCAUGCAUGAACUGUCUUCCGCUUGGUGCAAAGGGUUGGCUUGCUGUUGCGGAAGAGUUUGCUGCAUGGGCAGAUAGCCAUGACUGUCCCACUCAUCCCGCAAAAUCUCUUGAGCUUAAGUUUAAGCUGUUGGUUCACACUACAAAGCCAACUGGUGAUGCUGAGUGCCCUCCUCACAUUGAACGCGCUCACGAAAUCGACCUCGCAUGA